AUGGAAGCGUUGCUCAACAGCUCCAAGUUGCUGCAGCAUUGGCCCACUAUAGUACUAGGAGUGCUUCUGGCGUUGUCCAUCAAAUACCUAAGACAAAGAAGACGAGUGAUUAAAAAGGAAUUGGAAGGCGAAGAAGAUAUUGCAGUUAACUUUCCUCAGUCAACUGCCGAUGAUGACUUGCAGCCCGCCUUGGAGGAAAAGCCGCAUGUUCUCUUUGUGCCGGGCCAGAGUCUUAAUCCCAAUGGCGCCAGACGCUUCUACGAGGUAAUGCGUGGCCGUCGUAGCGUGCGUGCCUUCAAUCCACACAAGCAACCAUCGCAGGAGGUCAUUGAAGAUUGCAUACGUGCGGCAGGCACAGCACCAAGUGGCGCCCACACCGAACCCUGGACGUUUUGUGUGAUCGUAGAUUCGGAAAUCAAGCAGUCGGUGCGGCAGAUAGUGGAGCAGGAGGAAUAUAUUAACUACAGUCAACGCAUGCAUGCACAGUGGGUGACGGAUCUGCGACCACUCCAAACAACGUCCACAAAGCCGUAUCUUAGUGAUGCUCCAUAUCUCAUUCUAAUCUUUAAGCAGACGCACGGAUUGACGGCGGAUGGGCGUAAGAAACUGCACUAUUAUAAAGAGAUAUCCACUUCGAUAGCAGCUGGUAUGCUGCUCUGCGCCUUACAAGCAGCUGGGCUCUGUUCGCUGGUCACCACGCCCUUAAAUUGUGGACCCGCCCUGCGGCGUUUGCUCGAUCGCCCGGCAAACGAGAAACUUUUAAUUUUGCUAGCAGUUGGUUAUGCGGCCGAAGACUGCAAGGUACCAGACUUAGAACGCAAGUCUCUUGAAGACAUCAUGGUGAAAUAUUAAUUACAUUUCGAUGCGCUCACUUUAAAUCUAAGUUAAUUUAAUUAAAUUCAGCUCCAUAGCCCAGCUACAAAAAGAAAA